AUGGCGCCCCGGGCCCCCACUGCGCGGGGCCACUAGCACCCUCAGUGUCCCCUUCCCUCCCCCUCCCUGCCCCCUCUCCCGCGGCGUGAACCCGGGUGUUCACGGCACCCAGCUUUUGAGCUCGCGUCCCCAGGCCGGCGGGGGGGGAGGGGAAGAGGGGACCCCGGCACCCCUGUCCCCCCCCACCCGGCCGCCCAGUCCCCCGGGACCCGGAGAAAAUGUCUUCGCGGACGGCGCUGGCCCCGGGCAACGAUCGGAACUCGGACACGCAUGGCACCUUGGGCAGUGGCCGCUCCUCGGACAAGGGACCAUCCUGGUCCAGCCGCUCCCUGGGUGCCCGCUGCCGGAACUCCAUUGCCUCCUGUCCCGAGGAGCAGCCCCACGUGGGCAACUACCGCCUGCUGAGGACCAUCGGGAAGGGCAACUUUGCCAAAGUCAAGCUGGCCCGGCACAUCCUCACCGGCCGGGAGGUCGCCAUCAAGAUCAUCGACAAAACUCAGCUGAACCCCAGCAGCCUGCAGAAACUGUUCCGAGAAGUUCGCAUCAUGAAGGGCCUAAACCACCCCAACAUCGUGAAGCUCUUCGAGGUGAUCGAGACCGAGAAGACGCUGUACCUAGUGAUGGAAUAUGCAAGUGCUGGAGAAGUAUUUGACUACCUCGUGUCACACGGCCGCAUGAAGGAGAAGGAAGCUCGAGCCAAGUUCCGACAGAUUGUAUCGGCUGUGCACUACUGUCACCAGAAAAACAUUGUCCACAGGGACCUGAAGGCCGAGAACCUCUUGCUGGACGCCGAGGCCAACAUCAAGAUCGCCGACUUUGGCUUCAGCAAUGAGUUCACGCUGGGCUCGAAGCUGGACACGUUCUGCGGGAGCCCCCCGUACGCCGCCCCGGAGCUGUUCCAGGGCAAGAAGUAUGAUGGGCCGGAGGUGGACAUCUGGAGCCUGGGCGUCAUCCUGUACACCCUCGUCAGCGGCUCCCUGCCCUUCGACGGGCACAACCUCAAGGAGCUGCGGGAGCGAGUCCUCAGAGGGAAGUACCGGGUUCCUUUCUACAUGUCAACAGACUGUGAGAGCAUCCUGCGGAGAUUUUUGGUGCUGAACCCAGCUAAACGCUGUACUCUCGAGCAAAUCAUGAAAGACAAAUGGAUCAAUAUCGGCUAUGAGGGUGAGGAGUUGAAGCCAUACACAGAGCCAGAGGAGGACUUCGGGGACACCAAGCGAAUCGAGGUGAUGGUGGGUAUGGGCUACACACGGGAAGAAAUCAAAGAGGCCUUGACCAGCCAGAAGUACAACGAAGUGACCGCCACCUACCUCCUGCUGGGCAGGAAGACUGAGGAGGGUGGGGACCGGGGCGCUCCCGCGCUGGCCCUGGCAAGGGUGCGGGCGCCCAGCGACACCACCAAUGGAACAAGCUCCAGCAAAGGCACCAGCCACAGCAAAGGGCAACGGAGUUCCUCCUCCACCUACCACCGCCAGCGCAGGCAUAGCGACUUCUGCGGCCCAUCCCCUGCACCGCUGCACCCCAAGCGCAGCCCAACCAGCACGGGGGAGGCGGAGCUGAAGGAGGAGCGCCUGCCGGGCCGGAAGGCGAGCUGCAGUGCCGCCGGCAGCGGGAGCCGAGGGCUGCCCCCCUCCAGCCCAAUGGUCAGCAGCGCCCACAACCCCAACAAGGCAGAGAUCCCGGAGCGGCGGAAGGACAGCACGAGCACCCCUAGCAAUCUCCCUCCCAGCAUGAUGACCCGCAGAAACACCUACGUUUGCACAGAACGCCCGGGGGCUGAGCGCCCGUCCCUGUUGCCAAAUGGCAAAGAAAACAGCUCGGGUACCGCACGGGUGCCCCCCGCCUCCCCCUCCAGUCACAGCCUGGCUCCCCCAUCAGGGGAGCGGAGCCGCCUGGCACGGGGCUCCACCAUCCGGAGCACCUUCCACGGCGGCCAGGUCCGGGACCGGCGCGCAGGGGGCGGGGGCGGCGGGGGCGUGCAGAACGGGCCCCCUGCCUCUCCCACACUGGCCCACGAGGCCACGCCCCUGCCCACUGGGCGGCCGCGCCCCACCACCAACCUCUUCACCAAGCUGACCUCCAAACUGACCCGAAGGGUCUCAGACGAACCUGAGAGAAUCGGGGGACCUGAGGUCACAAGUUGCCAUCUACCUUGGGAUCAAACGGAAACCGCCCCCCGGCUGCUCCGAUUCCCCUGGAGUGUGAAGCUGACCAGCUCGCGCCCGCCCGAGGCCCUGAUGGCAGCUCUGCGCCAGGCCACCGCGGCCGCCCGCUGCCGCUGCCGCCAGCCACAGCCGUUCCUGCUGGCCUGCCUGCACGGGGGUGCGGGCGGGCCCGAGCCCCUGUCCCACUUCGAGGUGGAGGUCUGCCAGCUGCCCCGGCCGGGCCUGCGGGGAGUUCUCUUCCGCCGCGUGGCGGGCACCGCCCUGGCCUUCCGCACCCUCGUCACCCGCAUCUCCAACGACCUCGAGCUCUGAGCCGCCACGGCCCUGGGUCACCUCUUCUUCUUUGUCCCCUUCACUUCUCCAGGAGGGAGAGGGGUCAGGAAGCGGAUUCUUCCAUUGCCAUCCCCUCCGUUGCCCUGACUUGGAUUUGGGGGCACAGGCUGUCUCUGCCGUCCCCCGGGACGCUUGGCGGGAGAGGAGAGCGAGCGGGCUCAGCAGGGGGAGCUGGCACCUUCCUGGAGCUCCGGCCAGCCCUGUCCCUCCGCACCCUGCCACCGGGCACCUGAGGAGACUUUGGGGGCGGGGCAGGGGCAGGAAGGGAAACUGAGGACACUCUUUCAUUCCUCCCAACAGUUGAUGAAUUAGGCCUUGGGCAGAGGCAGGAAGAGUUGCUGAGCCUAAAGACUGGAGAAUUGGCGGGGCUGGGAGUGGGGGAUCAGAGAGGCAGAUUCCUUCCCCUUCCCUGCCCCCCAUGCUCGAACCCCCUCCCUGCCCCAGGCUGGUGCGGGACACUUUGUACAAAUCCUUGUAAAUACCCCUACGCCCUCCCCUCUGCAGAGAUCUCUCAAGGAGCUGGAGCUGGCGCUGUCGCCUCCGGUUUUUAAGUUAUUACACCCCCCAUCCUCCUGUCUGCCCCCUCACCUGCAGCCUGUUUGUCCAAUAAACUUAGGAGAGUCCCCCUCCCCCAUGCUGACCCCGGGGUUUUCCUUCCCUGCCCUCACCUGCAAGUGAGAUGAAGAGGAGGGGUGUGACUGGGCCAGCGGUCCCUCCUUUCCGAGCCUCGGUUUUCUCAUCUGCAGGACGAGGGUGGGGGGAUGAGCGGGUCGGGGUGAUUGUGGGAGAGGGCCGGACAGAACUCGGCCUUGUCUACAAGGCCCCCAGGUCCUGUGUGGGGCCCCUGUUCAUCCACUCACAUGCUCACCCACAUGAUAUAGUGGGCUCCAAGCCACUUCUUACUCCAGUAGUACAUUUACCCAAUAAACAGUCAUUGACCGGUGCCGCCUCCGCGCCAGGCCCAGUGCUGGACAUGGAAGUGCAAGCAGCCCCGUCCACGGGGGCGCGGUUAUGACACAAACACUAGAGAGAGACAAUCGCUUGGGCACUGGGGGAGCCCGGAAGAGGGGAGGUGAGGGAAGGCACUGCAGAGGGAGCGAUGUCAGAGCUGGGUUUUGAAAGGUGAGUAGGAGAGUUGCCCAGGUAUUGUAUAUGCCCUGGGCAAAAGCCGGGGGUUGGGGGCGUGGUGUGUCCUCGGAGGACUGUGGGUGAUUCCAGUGUGGCUGCUACGUUGGGGGUGCGUGGAGAAUAAGCAAGAGAUGCUGUAUUAGGACUAAUAAUCUAUCUACACUUAAGCCAAAAGCUCUUUGUUCGGUUACGUUAUUUAACAGUCCAGGGCGCCUGACUGCAGGGGCGGCUGGGUCCAGGCAGCAGCGUUCAGGUGUGGAUGGGCCCGCUCAUCGCUGCUGCUUUGCAGCAUGUUUCAUUCUAGUGGUUUUUUUCCAGUAGACGCUCCCCGACGGCAGAGUGACCCCCGCAGUUCCAACUUUCACUCCUCCAGCUUAGCUUCUGCAACAGGAAAUUCCUUAUUGCCAACUUCAGGAAAAGUUCCAAAAAAGACAAGUCGAGACCAUUUCUGAACCAAUCACUGAGACUCAGGUGGCCAGCCCCAUACAUAGAACUGGCCUUGAAGGGUGGUUCCCC